AUGAUCCCAUUUCCUUACUUGGAAAAUGUACUCAGCCCACCGAACAUGGAAUCCAAGCUGGAAAAUGUCUCGUAAGUUUUUCUUGGUUUUUUUUUCCUAUUUCAUUCUGGAAAUUGGAAGUGUUCAAAAAAUGCAGUAGGCCGCCAGACUAUAAAAAAAGCAUUGAAUCAAAUGAAAUCAACGCUAUCUAACUUCGUAGCUUUUUUCACACGAAAACCAAAAACUUUCGUAAUCUGUCCUCCGUUUUCUGCUCCCCUCGUGCGCUCUUUCUAUUUUUUCACGGCUUCAAAACGUUAUCCAUCAUAUAAAUUACACGGCUUCCAAAACCAGUGCGUGCGUAUGCUGCACCUCUUCUCUGCACAAUCUUUCGCCGCCGUCGCCUUUCUCUCGCUCACUAUUUUCCUUUCCUGGCUGCUCCCAUUGCAUCGCUUGUGUCUCGCCGUGAUAGUCCUUCGUUGUCCACGGCUUCUCCUUGUUUUAAUCCCCUGCUUCCCGUGAACUUAUCAGAAUUGUCCGGUUUAGUGAUCCGCGCGGAAGACGUCGCGACCCAGCUGCCAAAAUCGUCAAAUCAUACUCAGCUCGAGGAUAUAUCUACCCGAAGUCAACGGCGACGACCGCAGACCGACAGCGUCGCGCUCUGGAUCCACGGGACGAGUCAUGGCCUAAUAAAAGGUGGGUGCAAAUGUUUUCAGCAGAAAAACUCCAGAAACUUGAUAGCCCGCGAGCAUAUCGAAUUUCUAACAACAUGUUCAAAUUGGCGGAAAACCCGUGGACGCCUCCAACUUUUCGUUCAGCUGGUGUUUUUUUAAAGCUUUUGUGCAAAUAUUGUACAAAGUUGUAGUGAAAGUGAUGUUGUAAAUAGUUUCGAAAUGUGGUGUUCUUUUGAUUAAGCGCAUUACGUCACCUUUUCCAACCCCCCAGACUCAUGAAAAUUUCGAAAGCGACAUUAUAAUUAGCAAUACGACUCGCCCGACGAGACCACUGUCAUCUCACUCCGCAGUGAGUUUUCACAGAGAAAUCUCUCCGCCACCGCCGCCUUCUUCUUCCGGUGUCUCGCUGCGGAUCCGAACACAAACGGUGCUCGACGAGCCAACUCCCUCUCUCUCUCUCUCCGAGGGCAUCCAGCCAGUGGGCGAGAGCCCCUCACAGAGCACUUCCAUAGUAGAGACGGCCGACGAAAGAUCGGCGAUCAGCGCUUGUUCUGAGCAGACACAGACAUGACGGGAGCCCGGACGCGAUCCUGCGGGAAGUGUGUAAAGGGCUCCCGCGCUCUCGCUCUCUCCGUUGUUUCGCAGUCAAAGAGCACAUCCAGAGCGGCAGCAGCAGUCUCCUCUUUUCUAAUAACUUUGGAGAGCGCUCCCCUCGCCUCCCGCAUCCGAUUGUUUCACUCACACCGCAUUUUAUUAUGCCAACUCGCACUUUGUUUAUAUUCGAAAGUUUAAAACGUAACGCGCCUCCAUGUUUCGCAACUGUGAUAACGUUUUCACAACUGUGAUAACGUUUUUAGCCUAGUUUUGUGAAAAUAAAAAUGCAAAAUAAUAAGUUCCAAUUACAGAAUGCGCAAAACUGAUGAAGGAGGCGGAAGUGGUCCAUCUUACGGCCGCCUUUCCAGUUCGUGUUCAUCAAUUCGCAGCCACAACUACACACCUCAGCGAUCCUACACUCCGAGGUAAGAAAACUCGGUUGUCAUGCCGACGUCAUUCUCUCCGCGACGGAUUAACUGCGGCGAGAGGGGGAUCGAGAAAUCGCGGUGAAGUCGAGUAGAAAUUCAUUGGAAGCUAUAGCUGCAGCCUUCCAUUCCAGUGUCCACACGCAUUAUUACUCUUCGUGCUACUGCCGCCUCUCAGCUUUCUUCCCCACCUGCCCGUUUCAGUUUCUGAUUAGCAAUGCAACGUCGCUCUGCUGAUAAAUGCCUUCUGACUUUCCUUCUUUCGGGAAACAUUAACUUUAUACACGCGAAGAGUGAUAAGCGGGACAAAGCUGACCACUUUUUUUAGCGUUGCCAUUGUGCAAACACUGGAAGACACGCAGACUGAGAAGGAGACGGACAAGUUUCCUUGGCAUCAUCAUCGAUUGAAGCAGAAGCAAAUAAACAAGACAUAACCGCUUGUUGUAUUUCUCCGUUCUGUUUCUACGUGUCUCUAGACUCUCCCUCUCUUUCUCUUACACUCUCCAGAAGUCAUUUUUUAUACUGCAAAAAGAUUGAACUUAUCAAAUUUCAAUUUCAGCUUCAACACAUUCAAGUGGUCGCCGGCUUCCUACACACCCAACAUAUCGCGCAAUCUGAAUUCGACGUAUUCCGGGUCGGCGGCCGACUCGGUGCCUGCCUUGUCCUCGUCGUCGACCGCUCGCUCCCGUCUUUCAUUCACCACUCCCUCUACCACCUCAACGAAUUUGUCACGUGCAUCCACCACGUCCCACAAAACUCUGUACAGUAGCCCUGCGGCCGCCCGAGUGUCAGUGUCUUCAAAUGACGGCCUCUCCGGCACGUCUUCUGCUCCAACACACGUUUAUGGAGGAAUCAGAAAGUACAGUACGACCGAGCGCACUUCGGAUGUAAAGCCGUACUACUCGUCAGUCGCAUCUUCGUACUCUAGCACUUAUGACAGCAGACGACAGUCACGAAGCGACCGAGAUCGAUUGGCCUCCACGCUUCCUGAUGUGAAGAUUGAAUCGGGACCGACAACGAGGACUCACAUGGUGCAUCCGACAUCUUCACACAUCAGAAGUCGCUCUUCUUAGUAAGCUUUAUAAUGUUAUUCGCAACUUGUGAAAAGCAAAUCUUUCAGUUCUCGCGGAAACACGGUUGCAAUGUUCACACAACAAGCGAAAGAAAGGGCAGAUCGAGAGGAAAAAGACCGUGAUUAUAAGGAAUGGAUGCAGCGAGAGAAGGAUCGGGAAGCCGAGUUGGGGCUGGAAACCCUUUAUCCGGUCACCUCCACGGUUACCUCGCCGCCCUCUUCUGCACAGUCCGACUACCGUCGCUCGGUUGCAAACGCUUCUACCACGCCAUCGGCCACGUCUUCCCCAUAUCGCUCCAAUCGUUAUUCCUCGGCGACGCGGCUUUCUACCAGUUCGGGACCUAUCGACGAUGUCAUGUCUACUUCGUACUCGAGCGUGGCAGCUACACCUCCUCCCGCUUAUUCUCAACUUUCCACGUCGACAUCCACCCUUCUUCGCAACCGAAGAGCGAAGUUGGAGCAGGAGGAAGAGAGCAGAAAUUCCUCUUUGACUCCUCAGCCAUCUCAAGCUCCGGCGCCCGUGCCGCCACCUCCUCCGCCUCCACCACCGCCAAUAAAAAGCCCUUAUCUACCGAGAAGCGUGUCUGCUGCCGUUCUUUCUUCCGCUUCCAGCUAUAGCAAGCCAACAGCGAAUGUAAUUCCAGCCAUUUUGCUCGUUAUUCAGUUCUGAUUCGAAUUUCAGGUGCCUCCGUACGAAGAGGAUCGUGAAAGUCUGGACGUCGUGGAGCAAGGUUUCACAGGACUCCUCAACUUUGGCAACACGUGUUUCAUGAAUGCCGUUCUUCAGAUGCUCGUGAAUAACGUGGAACUUCGCGAGUUUUUCCUCGGUGACCACUAUAAAGCGGAAAUCAAUGUAUCGAAUCCGCUCGGGUCGGAAGGACGACUUGCCAACGCUUUUGCCGAUUUCAUGAAACUAAUGUGGAGCGGUCGCUACAAACAACUCGAACCACGCCAAAUCAAGAACAUUGUAUCGGAGAAAGCGUCUCAGUUUGCCAAUUCGCUUCAGCAUGAUGCACACGAAUUCCUAUCUUUCUUGCUGGACGGACUCCAUGAAGAUGUGAACAGAGUGAAGAAGAAGCCGUUGACCGGGACUGUCGAGAGUCACGGAAGACACGACUUUGACGUUUCAGAGGAGGCGUGGAGGAACCACGUCCUGCGAAAUGACUCCAUUUUUGUCGACCUUUUCCACGGACAAUUGAAGAGUCACGUGCAGUGUCCCUAUUGUGAUAGAGUCAGUAGUUCCUUUUAUGUUUUCAAUAAUUUAGCAACUUUAUUUUCAGGUGUCAAUCACAUUCGAUCCGUUCGUUUACCUUCCUGUUCCCUUUCCAAAGCGGAAAAAGUCGUCAACUAUCAUCUUCUGGCCUCUAGAAAACCAAACUCAACCGUACAAACUCUCGGUCAGCUAUUCGGCCGAAGGAACCGUCGCCGAUCUUCUUUCCGCUGUCAGUGAAGCUGUACGAGUACCAACACGAAAUUUGCGAGCCUGUGAAGUCAUCUGUCACCGAUUCGACUGCAUCUACGAGAAUGACAUGAAAGUGUCCGAUAUCAUUUUUCCGGAGAACUUGUUCGUUUUCCAAAUUCACGAUGAGUCGGAAUGCAAAGAAGACGUGCUGGUCCUCUAUGUUCUUCAGCGCCAACUCUACAGGGACACACUGAAGUACGCCUGCCACGAAUGCGGAAAGAGCCAAGUGAAGCUGAAGUCGUGCGAUCAGUGCUACGACGCCUUCUAUUGCUCGAAAGAAUGCCAACUUGCCAACUGGUCAACUGGUGGACAUAGAGACGCUUGCGCAAAGAGAAUGAUCAGCGCGAUGGUCGGAUUUCCAUUCAUCGUCUCUUUGCCCCGUUCUCAGCUGACCUAUCAGCACCUUUAUCGCGUGCUCGAGGCCAAGAGUCGGCACUCCGUCACAGUGUUCCAAGCGGCACCGUGCGACGGAGAAGGCGGAGAAAAUGAUUCGCUGCAAAUGUCUUCCUCAGAUUCGUUGAAGAAGCGGAACGGAGGAGUCGGAGCACCGCCGUCGUUCCUCCAACCGCCGGAGAUCAGGCCGCCUCUACCAGUAUCUCUUAUACCCCUCGUAGGAAAAGUGUUAUAGCAGAGCCGCGUUCUCGAACUCAGAAGAUGUUUGAAAUCCGAAAGCUCAGAGAUCGACUCGACUCCUUCGGGGCCACUAGCAUUGGAGACGACGAAGCGUGUCAGUCCUUAGAAACCAAAACUUUCAUUUCGAUAAACUGGAUGAAUCUACGGCACGGAAAGCCAUACAUCACUGUCGGAAAUCGAUCGGAAAUCGAUGUGAAUGCGGAGAAAAGCAGACAGAUGACUAUUUCCAGCUCUAACAGCUUCGAAAGAAACGGAACCAAUUGCGACACGAAUCCUCAUCUCACGCAGAUGCUCGGCCUUUUCUCGGAAACCGAACGCUUGAAGCCCGAAGAGAGCUGGUACUGUUCGACGUGCAAAGAACACGUGGAAGCGACGAAAAGACUGCAGCUGUACCGGCUUCCUCCUGUGCUGAUCAUUCAACUGAAGAGAUUUGUCUACACAGGUACGGUGAUAUCAUCCUCAGAGUGUCCCUCAUUUUGAUAGAUGAUUCCAUUACAGCCUUAUCAGCUGGACACCGACGGUCCAAAGACGAGAGGACCGUGGAGUAUCCGCUAGAGAGCCUCGACAUGUCUCCUUUCCUGGCUGAAACUGCGCCGAACAAGAGUUCAACGGUAAACUCGCUCUUCUCAUUCGCCCUCCGCCCAACCACAUAUAGCUUCAGAUUUACGAUCUGACAGGAGUUGUAUGCCACAACGGAAGCAGUACCUUCGGGCACUACAACAGUAUUGGACGACUGGCAGAUUUCGAUUCGUCAAAAACCAAAAUCGAAUGGCGGCUGUUUGACGAUCGAAGUGUGUCGCGAAAGUCGCCGAAUAAUCUGCAAACGGACGACGCCUACCUUCUCUUCUAUAAAUUGAGAGAUCCCUCGGUGACCAGAAGCAUAUUCAAGUGAGUCGAAAAUAAGAAAAUAUACUCUUUCGAACAAAAAUUGUAGUAGUAUGCGUAAGAGUCGUCGUCAGAAAAAGUCAGAGCCGAAAACAGAAGGAAGCGAAUGAGAGCGAAUAACACUUUUGUGGGAUGAUAACAGGGGUUACGGUAGUAGGUUCUCCUUCGACUAGAAAUCAUUCCGUCGCUCUGAUAACUGCACUUUGCGAUAAAAGGGCAUCAAUUUAACGGUUAUUUUUCAGACGACACUACUCGUUCGACCCGGACAACCAAGUCGACGUCAAGAUUUAG